GAGAGAGAGAGAAGGACCCGGAUACUGAUGCUAGUGAGAAGAAGGAAGAGGGGGAGAGAGAGAGAGACUGGAUAGAGCGAUUUACAGGAAGGAGGAUAAAAAAAGAAGAUAUCUAAACGACAGGUCGCAAUAUCCGAAUGGGAAUCUCCAAUCCAGCAUCGGAGAACGGUCUGGUCUUGUUUUCUCGAGAGCUUUGCAUGAACGAAGGAAGGAGGAGGACACGGCGGAGGAGAGAGAGAGGGAGAGGGAGGGAGAGAAGGAUGCUGUGAUGCGCUUGUACUGGGAGGGAUGGAGGGAGAGGGAGGGCAUCUAAAGAGGCUUGUUUUGUCCGAAAGGGAUGUUUGCUGUUUACUAGCCUGCUAAUCACCACAACGAUGCACACUACAGAUUUAAAGAGAUUCAAACCUCAUUGUUUUAAUCGGGACACAAUGCAAUAGAGUCGUAUUUCUGUAUAGGACGCGCGCGUGUGUGUCUGUACGUGUGUGUGUGUGUGUGUGUGUAUGUGUGUGUGUGUAUGUGUGUGCUUUGAAAAAGCAGAACACGCUGCAUCCCUCACCUGUGAUCACAGGCCUUUUGCGCAUUGAGGAUCCGGUUUAUGUUUCCAAGCAGCCUCCUUUCUGUGGUUGAUCCUAGCAAAUGAUGACUUUGAAAAAGGACAUGGAUGAAGUGAUCGAGUGUAAGAGGGAUGCUGCAUACGUGUAGAAACGACCGAUAUUAAGUCGCUGGGACUAAAUGCACUGUGCCUAAAGGAUAGCGUAGUUUUGUGAGCACGGAUGUCAUUGGGAUUAUGAUGAUCGUCAGUGCGAUUGUUAGAACACUUGAGAGAUCGGAAUGACCAGCACAGAGAUGGGACGUUUAACAACAUCCUUGUGUACAGGCCUGACCACAUGCUGACGCUUCAACAACAACCUUACAGGACUCCUGAGAGAACCUAGAUAAGCCUUGUCACUUAUUUUAGACCAAGCAGGGAUGUGCUGAGGAUAGAAGUACAGAAGGUUACAAGUUUCAAUCUGUCAUUAAAGCCUCUCUUCGCCAUGUCAAAAGACCCGACUUGCGGCCAGACGGCUCAGUAUGUGGGGCCAUACAGGCUGGAGAAGACACUUGGGAAAGGACAGACAGGGCUGGUGAAACUCGGGGUGCACUGCAUCACGGGUCAGAAAGUGGCCAUCAAAAUAGUGAACCGGGAAAAGCUCUCGGAGUCUGUGCUCAUGAAGGUGGAGAGAGAGAUCGCGAUCCUAAAACUCAUUGAGCACCCACAUGUUUUGAAGCUUCAUGACGUCUAUGAGAAUAACAAGUACCUGUAUCUGGUGUUAGAGCACGUGUCUGGCGGUGAGCUUUUCGACUAUUUAGUGAAAAAAGGAAGACUGACGCCUAAAGAAGCCAGAAAGUUCUUCAGGCAGAUCAUCUCCGCUCUGGAUUUCUGCCACAGUCACUCUAUCUGUCACCGAGAUCUGAAGCCAGAGAAUCUACUGCUGGAUGAAAAGAAUAAUAUCAGAAUCGCUGACUUCGGCAUGGCCUCCCUACAGGUGGGGGACAGUCUGCUAGAGACAAGCUGUGGAUCUCCACAUUACGCUUGUCCUGAAGUGAUCAGAGGUGAGAAGUACGACGGUCGGCGAGCGGACGUGUGGAGCUGUGGUGUGAUUCUGUUCGCUCUGCUGGUGGGUGCGCUCCCUUUCGAUCACGAUAACCUGCGACAGCUGCUGGAGAAGGUGAAGAGUGGCGUAUUCCACAUGCCGCACUUCAUCCCGCCCGACUGCCAGUCUCUACUCCGUGGCAUGAUCGAGGUGGAUUCGGAAAAGAGGCUUUCGCUAGAGCAAAUCCAGAAGCACGCCUGGUAUCUGUCAGGCCGUAACGAGCCGUGUCCAGAGCAGCCUCCACCGAGGCGUGUGUGUGUGAGGCGGAUUCUCUCUCUGACUGAGCUGGAUCCCGACGUGUUGGAGAGCAUGCACUCUCUGGGCUGCUUCCGAGAUCGAGUCAAACUGACCCGAGACCUGCAGUGUGAAGAGGAAAACCAGGAGAAGAUGAUCUAUUACCUCUUACUAGACCGUAAAGAGCGCUAUCCCAGCUACGAGGAUGAAGACCUGCCACCCAGAAAUGAUGUAGAUCCUCCACGGAAGCGUGUGGACUCGCCCAUGCUGACCCGUCAUGGCCGCUGUCGGCCAGAGAGGAAGAGUCUGGAGGUGCUGAGUGUGACCGAUCAGGGAUCUCCGACACCCCCCCGCAGGGCGCUGGACACCUCUGCACACAGCCAGAGAUCACGAUCAGUAAGUGGAGCAUCUACCGGUCUCUCCUCUAGUCCCUUAAGCAGUCCCAGGAGCCCGGUGUUCACGUUCAGCCCAUCAGACGUGGCGGCUGCCACCAAACCCCGUACUGUGAGCUCGCGCGAGUCUAAGACCCAGACUCUGCCGUCCAAAACUCCCCCUGAGCGACCCCGUCUCCAUUCCAUGAAAUCCCUUCCGCUUCGCUCCUCAUCCUCACGUUCACCCUCACCUUCUCCGCUCCUCUCACCGUUCCCUCGCUUCCUCUUUUCCCCCGCCCCAUCAGCUGCGCUGAAAUCCGUCACUAAAUGCUCCUAUCCGAUGUCCCAGGUGACCCCUCAGGGCUCGCCCCUGCCCACACCGCUGGGCACCCCCGUCCAUCACCCCCACCCUCCCCCUUCCUCCUCCUCUUCCUCCCGUGCUGAAGGAGGAGGUGUUGGCUCACUCUCGCUGACUCCACCCACUAGCCCAGGAGGAGGCGGGGCUGGCAUGGCAGCCAGCAGCUCCGCCCACUGGAGGACCAGAUUCAACUCUUUCAAGAACAACCUGCUCGGCUCGCCGCGUUUCCACCGCCGCAAGCUGCAGGUGCCCACUUCGGAGGACAUGUCAAGUCUUACACCAGAAUCCAGCCCUGAGCUGGCGAAGCGCUCCUGGUUUGGCAACUUUAUCAGCUUAGAGAAGGAGGAGCAGAUCUUUGUGGUGAUCAGAGACAAACCUCUCAGCUCAAUCAAGGCGGAUAUCGUACACGCCUUUCUCUCGAUUCCAUCCCUCAGCCACAGCGUGGUCUCCCAGACGAGUUUCCGGGCGGAGUAUAAAUCUUCCGGAGGUCCUUCUGUAUUCCAGAAGCCCGUCAAGUUUCAGGUGGACAUUGCCUUCUCCGAGGGAGAGAGGGAGAGAGAGAGGGAACGAGAAAGGGAAGGAAAAAGGAAUUAUGGAAUCUAUAGUGUCACUUUCACCCUCAUUUCAGGCCCGAGCCGCAGAUUUAAGAGAGUGGUGGAGACGAUUCAAGCCCAGCUGCUUAGCACACAUGACCAGCCUUCAGUACAGGCUCUCGUGGAUGAAAAGAACGGCCGUCCUCACGGAACACCGACCAGACAGAACUCACGACGCUCGGAGGGAGGAGCUGACCGCUGCGAAUGGGUCGAGCGAGGCGAGGGCGGAGCAUUACUCCAGAGAAGAGGUUCAGCCAAAGAGAGGACCCGUCUGCUGUCGUCUAAUGGGACCCAAUCACAGCCUUGAGAAGAAGUGUACACUAGUCAUCAUUAACCAUGGCACAACACUCAUAAAAAAAACCCUCAGUCUCUCUCCUGCUACACUACAGCAUGAUGGUAAAGUCUGGUGAAUUUUUUAAAGAGGUGUUUCUUAAACUAAAUUCUGAACAAAACAAGACAAAGAGUCCGAUUAGCUUCAAUCCCAGUGUCUGAGUAAUAUUAUCAAGUUGCUGUUGAUGGGCAUCGCGACUCACUUAAGUGAUUCAAUUCAUUUCAUUUGCUUUAAUAGAACAGCCUCUUAAAACACUAAACAUCGACAGCUGCAGAAACUCAGUGACGGCUAUUAAGACUGAGAUUAAGAAAGGAUUGAGUUCUAAACAUAAAAAUAAAUGUUGCAGACCUAUGACCACCAAAAAAAUGAAAUAAUUCUGAAAAAUCGACCGUUUGCAGUCUUGUUGCCACUUCCAAGGCUUAGUGGUUAUAUUAGGAAUAACACACAGCAGGGCAUGCGGUUAUAUGAGAAUAAUCCACAGUCUGAAGUGGAUUAUUAUUUUGCAUAUGACCACACAGGAUGGAGUGUGUUAUCCUGGGACUUUCAAUAUCGAAAGUAUUAAUGGAUGACAUGGUUUAAAGUUUAAAGAUUUUGUCAUGGAGCAUCUGUGAGACAGGUAAGGCCUUGGUAUCCUAAGCAUCCCUCUCUCUCUCUCUCUUUCUCUCUCUCUCGCUCUCUCUCUAUCUCACAAAACACACAGCUUCUCAUUUUUUCAGAGAAACCAGUGCUGGGAAACUUUCAAAGCAUUGUGACUGUUAUAAAGCACCGACAUCCAUGAUUUAUUUAUUUAUUUAUUGAUCAAGAAUCCAGUCAGAUUCAAGAAUUCUGUUCUAUUGUGAUAUAGAGUAUCAGUAUAGUAUUUAUAGGAUCUCAUAAUCCUGUACAUUUGCUCUUUGGGAUGGUCGACAUGCGAUACAGCUGACCUGAAGGUUAAUCGUCUUGCUCAAGGGGGCGUGGCAGUGCUGGGAUUUGAACCCAAGCCACUGAGCCAUCACAUGUUCCUCAACUAACACACCUUGAUUUGACUUCUACUAUUGAAUUAACAUACACUAAAUGAUUGCGUUAUAUCAGUGUAAGCUUACUGCAUGAGUUGUGAUGGGUCAGCGGAUAAAGACUUUUUUUGAGUUACAGGUCACUCAAGUUCCAACACUGCUUGGGUUCUUAACUUUAAGCUCAGUGCUUUCCUUGAAAGAUCUAGCAAAUGUACCGGGUUUAUGUGUACAUUUUACUGUAAAUAUGUUUACUGUACAUUUCCAACAUAUAUACAUGUGUACAUACGCGACCAAAUGUAUGUGGACACCUACAUCUGCAUGUUGAAGUCCCUUUUUACUGCUAUAAAAAGCUCUACUCUUCUGGGAAGUCUUGCUCGGAGAGUGGCUGUGGGAAUUUUCCAUUUAGUCACAAGAGCUUUAGUGAGGUCAGGUUACUGAUGCUCUGGGGUACAGUCAGAGUUUUAGUUCAUCCCAAUAUACGAGGUUGAGGUCAGGUGCAGGACACUUGAGUUCUUCCAUACAAAUUUGGCAAACCAUGUCUUCAUAGAGCUGGCUUUGUGCACAGGGGCAUUGUCAUGCUGGAGCAGGUUUGGGCCUCUUAAUUAGAGUGAAAGGAAAUUAUAAAGCAACAGCAUACAAAGACAUCCUAUACAAUUCUGUGACUGUUAGGUGUCCACAAACCUAUAGCUGUCUAGUGUGUAUACAAAAGAGUGCAUGGAAAAAUACUGAGAGAAUGUUGACUCGAACACAUUUUUUUGCCAUCUCAUGUCUUUUAUGCCAUACGUACUACACAAUCACAGGAACAGACCAUAUAAUGACUAAAUUCCUCCGUGAAGAAUCUUCUAUACAUACAGUUUAAACAGACACUGACCGUCUUAUCAGGACGCUUGUUUUAGUGUGUUGAUUCUUGUGAAUUGAUUCAGUUGAUUCACUUAAAUGAGUCGAUCAAAAGAAACCCAUCACUACUGUUUGCUUCACAGACUGAUUGUGUACCGAAUCCCUUGAAAUAUUCAUCUCUGGCUCUUCUAAAAUUAGGAACAGGUAAACUCCUCCAAAUCCAAAUGCACUUUAUCUCCCUGAAGGUGAUGUAGAUGUUUGUUUGAUGAAAUAUUAAAGGAAAGUGACACAGGACACAGUUUUUGUUGCGCCAUCGCCAUCUUGCUAUGUGGAUCAGUGUUAUUAGCGGCUCAUAUACAAGUAUCUGUAGUCAAAUGCAAUAUACUUACACACGGAUACAAGAAACACGUUCUGAAUAAACAAACUGGAGUCGGAGGCCAGGCGUCUGCUGACUCGUAUGCAAUAAAAAAACAACAACAAUAAGAUAACAGAUAACUGAGGUGUCGCUUCUAAAAGCGGUUUCACAGACUCAGCAUUGCGUACUCAUCUCCUGACAUUACUGCAAAUGAUGGAUUCGGAUCACCUCAGCUGGAGGACUGCAUACAUCGAAAUGUUACUACAUGCUUCUGCACGCUUGAAACCACAUCCUCCACAUGAACAGCGACUUUUGAAUGUACCUUCUGCAUGCAUUCUUAUUAAAAAUCUGGCCUCAAACGACCCACCGAUAACCUAAGAAAGCAUGAGACUGCAUCUGAUUAGAAAGAAAUACAAUACUCCGAGCCCCUAGAACAAUGCUUAACACGUUCAAAGUAUCCUCUCUUUGUCGAAUCCGAAAAUUCUCAGUCGUUAUCGUAAACACAGUGGAUAUUCGGUAUCCUUGCUGCAAGACUUCAGGUUGUCAGGAAUGUCAAGAUAUUUUUUGAAUUUAUUUAUUUGUAUGAUUGUAAGAUUGCGAAGGAGAUAUUCGAGAGAGACGGGAUGGACUCUCGGUGAACUUUUUGUCCAUACUGGAUUAUCGAUUCCAUGGAAAAAAUGUAAAAAAAAAACAAAAAACUCCAGAAAAACUGGAAACGUGCUACUGAACAGAGAGCUGUGUUAUAUACAAUUGUCUUCAUGGAAAGCUACAGGACUUUUAAUGGAUGUCUGUUUGUGUUUUGAUUCUUCGCUUCUAAAACUAUUUUUUUUGAUUUAAAGAAUUGAAAAAAGAAGUGUAUAAAAUGCAAUCGUUAAUGAACUUCAUGUUAGCUUGGAUGUUGUUCUGGGACCCGUGGCUAAAUGCACAAUAUCACAAUAAUGCAAAAAGGAAUUUUUCCUUCCCAAAAGGAUGGAUAUUUUCAUUUCUGGAGUACAGACUACACGCCCAUGUAAAUGCCGGGUCAGAGAGAUGGACAAAUCCGAACAAAACACAAACACAAAGACUCUGAUCCACCUGGGCCAAGGACCAUCACGUACACGUUCCCACUUAUUCUCCACUGACCUGCACAUAACAUUUGUCAAUUCAUGACUGAUGACAUUCUAUAUAUUCUAUAUGAUAUUGAUCUCUUUGUACAGCGCUGCUUUAUCAUUGGGCUUCCUUGCAGCAUUAUGCAACUGAUCCAGAAUGGUCCACAAAGGGAUGCAGUCAGUAAGAGUUCCUCAUUUAGGGUUUUUUUCCCUCCCCUAGUCUAAACAAGAGCCAUUACUCCUGUCCAGCAGUGUUUAGUGAGCGAGACCUGUUAUUUCUUUAUUUAUUUUUGUUUGUUUGUUUGUUCAUCUGCGUGUCGCCUAUGUCAAGCGCGAACGAGGCCGUGUUCUCCAUCUUCAGAAUUGCAUUAACUUCUACAAAGACGAUAUCUGACACCCAAGGCGGAAAGACCUGACAUAGUAUCCUGUGAGCCAUAACUACCUUCCUUUCCUGUGUCCAUCCUUUAUCGCCCGUCGUGACACGACCUAUAGCAAAAGGAAAUAUGUACAGCGUAUAUCGUGGAAUAACAAUAAAUGUGUGAUGCAUAAACAGA